CUCAGCCCAUCUUUUGACGUCGCUAUUAGGCUCUUUCUCCCCGUCGUUCAUUUUCAGUAUCUCUCUUCUAUCUUCUCUCCUUUUUCUUCGAGUUGUCGUCAACGCCGUGGUGCUCGAUCUCCCCUUUCACACUCUACUUCCAAAGUUUCAAUGGAGCCUCAGCUAUAGAUGAGCACCUACCAGUCAGGGUUAAAGAGCAAAGAAUUUCCAACUUAUUGCAGUCCAUUCUGAUCGGCCUAUCCGUUUUAGCCAUCUCUGUUAUCAAAAGGAUACCUACCUCCGUUUUAUGGGGAUAUUUCGCUUACAUGGCAAUCGAUAACCCGGCAAUCAAUUCUGGGAAAAGAUACUACUUCUCUUCGUCACUAAGAGCCGCCGUACCAGUAUAUAAUUUGUUACUAUUUAGAUCGAAUCAGAUCAGAUAAGUUCAUUCAUACACUUUUUCAUAAAUAAUGCUACACAUCCAAGUCUUUUUGUUAAUCAAGUUCAACGUAGUUAGUCUAACAUAACAAAAAUCAGUUAUAACUAGCACUGGUCAACACUAGUUGGACUUAGUUCAUAAAUAGAUUUGGAUUUGUAAUAUUACUCUUUUUCGUAGACUCUUUUGCUAAUGAUUUUUUUUUAUGAGCAGAAUUUUGGAAGGUUCUCAUGCCUCAUAUGUGGAGACGGUACCAUAUAAAACGAUAGUUACUUUUACAGCCUUGCAAAUAUUAUACUUUGGAAUCUGUUUUGGGUUGACAUGGGUGCCAGUAGGUGGAAUCUUGUUUCCACUACCAUUCUUCCUUCUCAUUGUUAUAAGGGAACGCUUGCUUCCCAAAAUGUUCAACCCGGACCAUCUCAAAGAACUUGAUUCCUCUGAAUAUGAGAAGGUUGAGGGUGCUCCGCAACCGGAACCUGACACCGAAGACAGCGGAGAAGAAGAUGAGUUCUGUGAUGCAGAGCUAUUGGAUGAGAUGACAACACACAGGGGAGAGUUGAAACAUAGAAACGUGAGCUUCGAUAGAGGCCAACGCACCUCCGUUGAUCAUGUUUGAAUCUGAUGAAUUUUUUCCUGCAUUUUCUAAGAUGCAGAUAACAUGAUAAACAUACCAGCAGGUAGAAUAAGAAGGUGAUCUUUUGUGGAACAAGAAAGUAUUUAAUCUUGAAAUGCAUUCAAAAAGAAUGCAUAUCAUCAAAAUGUUUCAAAUAAACUUUCCCUUAAUUAGUUAGAUUUGGAAAAGGGAGGAAUAAAAAUCCAAUGGGUCAGAUGGGAUGUAGGGGAAAUUGAAAUGUAUUAUGGAA